UCUUCCUCCUCCGGGAUGAACUCAACUGACCCCCAAAGGCCCAGACUGUCGCCCCCCCGCCUGCCGACGCCGGAAACCUCGUCGGAGCCGCCGGCGCUCGCAGUCAGUGUCACUCGCUCGCGCCAACUUCUACCUCGGGUCGCCCCUUGACGGCGGCGCAGCAGCUCGUGGCUGACUGACCGGCAGAAGCCGCCUCCUCCCGAGGCGAGGUCCAUACCCACACCCUCGCCCGCCGCAAUAACUGCUCAAUUGCCCCACACGCCCCCUCCCUCCGCCUGCCACAUCUCCCAGAGCCCCAUCGAGCUACGGCAAUGGAGGUGCACGCCGAAGAGGAACAGAGGUCGGGCCUCCCCGUGGAAGAUCCCAUGGAGGCAGUGAGGAGGGCUUUCCCGGGUGACAAUUUCGCCAUUAGUGUGGUCAGCCGAGCUUUCGGUCGACCGGAUCCGCCGGCGGAGCGCAGCCGGCAGCAGGACCCAGAGAAUCGAGCCCCAACUGUUGAGUUGAGACCUGACGCAGCAAUAGUUGUCCCGGAAAAUCGUGUGGAUCUGCGGGAGGCUGGGAAUAGCUCCGCGCAGCAGGGUGCCUCUACCAGCGGUAUCGAUGCACCAUCUACCUCUGAAAAUCGUGUGAAUUCGGAGGCGGUCAACAACAACGGGGCUGCCCAACCCACGCCUGCAGAUGCAGGCAAUGGAGCUGCUGGAGGCUGGACUCGCAGGGUGAGGCUUGGUCGUGUCCCAGAUGAACGGGAGACGCCGGCUGAUCAUGUCAGCGCGCUGGAGAAGGCGUUGACUGGCUUCGCAGAGAGGCAAACUGAUGCUGUUGUUCAUCCAGCAGUUGGGACCAUAUUCGAUUCGCUUGUGGAGGCGUAUGAUUUUUAUAACAUCCAUUCCUGGGAAAUGGGUUUCGGUGUUAGGUAUGGCAAGAGCAGGUUGAAUGCGAUGAGAAGUAAAUGUAUGCAGGAAAUUGUUUGCGGCCGUUCGGGUAAACCAAAGGAUAACAUGAAGAAUAGCAGCAAAUCGGUCAGAUGCAACUGUACAGCACAAAUUAGGCUGCUGAGAUCCGCUGACAAGGGAUGGUAUGUGGCACACCACAAGGAAACACAUAAUCAUCCUCUUUCCAGGUCGUGUUCAGACAAGUUGAGUUCUCCAUCUCAUAAGCAUAUAGAUAAGUACACCAGGGACUUGGUCCGCAAGUUGAGGAAUAACAAUGUUGAUUUGGGUGUGUACAACACAAUUGCUGCAUUCUUUGGAAGAAAGGACAACGGGCCCGUUACAAAGGGCUCGAUCAGGACACUAUGUGAGAAAAUUAAUCAGGAGCAAGCUGACGAUGCUGUUAGGAAGAACGCGGAGAUGACAACUGCACUUGGAGAAAAGGAUCUAGAAAACCAUGCUACAGAGGAAGUGCCAUUAAUCUGUUUUGACGAAACCGCCGGCUCUCCUGAUUGCACAGAAAUGCCAGUUGAUCCUCUGAGCCACUUCCAUCAGGAGUACACAGAGAGAAAUCCUGACGCUGAGAGGGUAGCUGAUCUCAUGUUAACCUUUGGGGAUUGUAACCUGGUACUUAGAAGCUGCAGCUAUGAUGAUCUCAUCAACUCCAACAGCACCAUGGCCGAUCUGGAGAAAGUGAUGAACACCGUGAAGCCCCACCUUCAACAGGGCCUCUUUGGUGACCUGUGGUCCAGGGCUCACAAUUCCGGAGGUGUCAUGUCGGCUCAGGUGCUGACCAUCAAGGACCUGUUCAGGUUCGAGCGGUGGCUAACAACCACCACAGGCAAGCAUAGUCUGCAGUCUGUACAGCAGCACGUCAAGUUAGCCAAAUCCGGGAAGGGUGUCUUCGAGCCUGAGCAAACGGCCCUCCUAUGCCUGUUCCAAGCUGAGAAUGAUGAAUGCUCACGUGAGAUAAGCAAACUACAGGGUGAAAGAGAUGCCAAGAUUGCCCAUUAUCAGGCGAUGAUCGAUGAGGCCCGUGCAUCCUUUGAGGCUAGCGUUGAAUCUGCAAAGGUGGGUUACCCUGUGUCUUCCUCCUAUGUGCCCCUGAGUACCCAUGAGCUUCGCGGGCAGUGCUGGAGCGCCUAUCUUGCCCACUGUCAGAAGGAGUCACAGUAUAUGAACCGUGGGGCUUCAAACAUUGUCGAGAGGUUUGGGCCAGAAAUACAACAGCAUCACCUCUUUGAGUUCUGCACCCAGGAGGCCAACCGUCAGUCUCUGCUCAAGUAUGGCCAGACCAAAGUUCAGAAGCUGAAGGAGGCACGAGUCGCCCAUGGAGAAACUACUUUCCAUGGCUACAUGACCCUCCUGGAUAUUGAACAGGCUUAUGCACUACUCGCUGCUGAAGCGCAAGUCGCUGAUGAACCAGGUAGCGGUGGAGGUGGUGAGGACGUGGAUUGCAGCAAUAGAGAAAUCGGUGUUGCGAGAGAUGAGAGUGCCAGAGGCAGUGGGGAAGAAAAUGGUGGUGAGGAUGUGUCGGAAGCCCCUCCUCAGCAAAAACGUCAGAAAAACAGUCAAUCCUAUGUUUUUGGUUACUCCGGAAGCCGGUGAUUCACAAUCCUCCAAGGGGAUCAUGUGAUCGAUAGAUGUUUGUGCAUCUUGUUCCAACCUAUAGGUUCAGAUAUCAGGUUCCUGAAAUGGGAAAAUCAGGUCUAUUCAAAUCUGUAAGCAUAAACUUCUUUAUUGCUGCACCUUUUCAAAAAGGUAAGCCUAGGUGUAGAUUUAGAUUGGUUCUUAAGGAUAUGGGCUGCAUGCUUGGAGAAAUAUUCAGCUGAUAUGUUUGCAGAUUUAUUUGUCUAAUUGUGAUGAUUUCAGUC